AUGGCCCCCAAAAAAGAACCCGUCAUCAGCGCGUUCGAGCGCAAGCGUCUCGAAAACAUCGCCAACAACAACGCGAUUCUCAGCGGUAUCAGCACGACGGCUGAUAAGAUCAUCCCCAAGCCUACCCCGCCGAAACCGAAGCGCACCAGCACGCCCCGCGCAAAAAGGGAACCCAUAAAGCGCGAACCUGCCCGUCCCACGCGACAGAGCAGUCGACUAGCGGGGCUCGAUGCCGAUGCCGAGACGCUCAAGCGCAAGGCCGAUGUCGAGGCUGAGGUUGAAGCGGAGAAGGCGAAGGCUAAGAAAAUGCGCGUUAGCGGGGACCUGAACCUGGGCGAUAUCAAGGUGGAGGGUCGCAAAUGGGAGGCCGGUCUCGAUGGAUUGGCUGGGUUGAAGGGCUUGAGUGUCCGGGGAGCGCAAGCGGGCGUCAGGACGUUUACGGAUGAGGACGUAAAGGGGACAACGGAUAAGAGUUUGAAGGAUGUAAGAUUGCGCAUGAGCGGCCUAAAGCUAUACGAGAAGUGGGAUGUCCAAGGUGGGUUCAUCCCAGAUAUCAAAAUCACACCACAGCGCGUGUAUGCCAUGGGCUUCCACCCGACCGAGUCCAAACCCAUCAUAUUCGCAGGUGACAAGGAGGGUGCAAUGGGCGUGUUUGACGCCUCGCAAGAACCCGUCAAAGUAGAAGGGGACGACGACGAUGACGACGCGGAGUCUGUGAUAUCCGACCCGGUAAUAUCCGCCUUCAAGACACACUCGCGCACCAUCACAUCGUUUCACUUUUCGCCCACCGACGACAAUGCCGUAUACACGGCCUCCUACGACUCGUCUAUCCGCAAGCUGGACCUGGACAAGGGCUUGUCCACGGAAGUGUGGGCGCCCGCAGACGCGGACGACGACCUCCCGAUCAGCGCGAUAGACAUCCCCACUACCGAUCCCAACAUGAUUAUCUUCUCUACCCUCCACGGCUCCCUUGGGCGACACGACAUACGCACCAAGGCCAGCACAGCAGAAAUCUGGGGCGUCUCGGACCAAAAGAUCGGCGGCUUCUCCCUCCACCCCGCGCAGCCGCACCUCCUCGCAACAGCCUCGCUCGACCGCACACUCAAGAUCUGGGACCUCCGCAAAAUCCAAGGCAAAGGCGACGCCCGCGGUCCCGCACUGCUCGGCACGCACGAGUCACGCCUAUCCGUCUCCCACGCGAGCUGGAGCAGCGCAGGUCAUAUCGCGACGUCCAGCUACGACGACCGCAUCAAGAUCUAUUCCUUCCCCGACGCGUCGCGGUGGAAGGCCGGCGCCGAACUCACGGAGGAGCAGAUGAAGCCAGCGCAGCAGGUGAUUCACAACAACCAGACGGGGCGGUGGGUGACGAUUCUCAAACCACAGUGGCAGCGCAGUCCUAAGGAUGGAAUGCAGAAGUUUGUGAUUGGGAAUAUGAACCGGUUUGUGGACGUGUUUGCCGCGGACGGGGAGCAGCUGGCGCAGUUGGGGGGGGAUGGGAUUACGGCGGUGCCUGCUGUAGCGCACUUUCAUCCGACGAUGGAUUGGGUUGCGGGCGGGAAUGCCAGCGGGAAGUUGUGUUUGUGGAUGUGA